AUGGGUGGUCACGUUGAUCCUAAGAACGGCAUCUUCAUGGGCAACUGGGGUGAUCUCGGUUGCCCGACUCCCCAGCGUGUGACGACUUACGCUCUGUCUCCUAACCGCCAGCGCCCCUUUGCCGGUGCUGCUCAUGCUGCUGUCUUCAACACAUUCCGCCGCUUCAGGCACCAAGUCCUCUACGUCGUUCCUCCCUUCGUUGCCGCCUACGCAGCCAUGAACUGGGCCAUCGAGCGCAACGAGUACCUGAACUCCAAGCCCGGCCGCCUGGCCGAGGGUGGUGUGGAAUAA